UUCAUUUGUUUUGAUCCUGGUUCUCGCGGCUGGACGAUUGAUUGGGAACAAAGUUUAAAAAUAGCCAAAUAUUUAAUUGUUAAUAUGAGAAUUAUUAAUCAGAAAGUUCUACUUAAGUGUACACGAAUAAUCAAUUGUGAUUAAUUUAAAAAAUAUGAUCUCAUUUCGACUGUUCUUCAUAUAUUUCUAAAUGGAAAAAAUUGUUAACAAAUUAGAGGUUAAGGCCCUACUAAAUGUAUAUACCUAGAUAAAUAAUAUAACAAAUAUUAAGUUCUCUAGGUUUUACAGUAAUACCUAACAUACAUUAUAAGUAUGAGAAGUAGGGCAAUUUCAAAAGUUUUUUUUGCCAUUUUGGGCACAGCAGCUUUUUUUACUUUCUUUUUAUUUAGCCUGUUCAAUGUCCAAGAAGCUGAAGUACCUGGCUGGGAAUACAAUAUAAGCCGUAAUUUAGAUAAUUACAUACGUAAAGAUGAGAUGACUGCAACUAUAUUGCCGAAUGAUUUCUGUGAUAAGCCAUCCUUUUUAGUUAUAAUGUGCAUCUCAAGCCCUGCGGGUUUUGAGGCAAGAAAAGUGAUAAGGAGAACAUGGGGCCGUGACAAAAGUGUAAUGGGAUAUAAUGUGUCCAUUUAUUUUUUGUUAGGACAAACGACUGAUAUAAAUAUACAGAAUAAUAUAACCGAAGAAUCUCUUCAAUAUAAAGACAUUAUUCAAGAGGACUUUACUGACACCUACAACAACCUUACUUUAAAAUCUGCCAUGAUGCUAAAACUGUUCACUCUUAAGUGCCAAAAGACCACUUUGUACCUGCUAAAAAUCGACGAUGAUAUUUACUUGAACUUGCCCAAACUCAUUGAUGAUUUAUUGACAAGGAAUCAAACCAAGAGUCUGCUUAUGGGCUCGGUGAUUUGCGGAUCGAGGCCUAUUAGAUCAGCUGGGGAUAAAUGGUAUGCAGGACCAAGCUAUUUAUUCCCAAAUGACACCUAUCCUAACUACGUGUCAGGAACCAGCUAUUGCAUGUCAGGUGAUGUGGCUGAAAAACUGUUAAAUACCGCGUUAACUGUGCCAGUUUUUCAUUUGGAGGAUGUAUAUCUAACAGGUAUUUGUGCCAAAAAAAUCGGCCAAAAACUCACCCACAACGGUCGGUUUACAUUUCACCGACUAAAAUUGAACUACUGUUUGUAUAAACCGUUGAUAACCGUCCACUACCAAGAGCCUGAUGGUAUUCAGAAAAUUCACGACGCUGCCAGGGACCCUGUGGUGGAGAAACACUGCCAGCAGGAGAAGCAGGUACUCCUGGUGCAUCGAUGGCUGUUAGAGAAUGUGUUCAUGAUGAACAAAACGAAGCGGAGAAGACGAUGUCCAUAGUAUAAGCAUAAAGUGCCCCAUCAAGUCUAAUAUUAGAAAGCUGCAUUAAAAAAAAUGUCUCAGAAAGUACUUAAUAGAAUUAAAUAAUUGUGAUAUCGGUUUAGGCUUUUUUAAUAAAUCUUUAGGAUAAUAAAAGCUUUGGGAUAUUCGGCAUUGGCCCUAGGAUUAUAGGAUUUAGUUAAAUUAAAAAUUAUAUUAUGGAAGAUUGCUUUAGAUUUCCUCAUAUUGAGAUGGUCCAGAGGUCAUUAAUUGUUUAUUUUAAGAAAGAUACUAAAUUUUAAUUAUUGUUGGUUGUGUAAAAUAAAACGAAGAAACGUAAGGUGGCAUUGUAGACUGGUAACGUAUUCUGUAUACAAUGCUAACAUUCCUAUGUUAAUCGGUCAUUUCAGAAAGAACAUGGGUCACAAAUUAUAGCUUUGAGUAAAUCACAAAAAACUGUUUUUUUAUAACGCGGUAAAAGACAUAAGAGGAUUUCUGAAAAUAAAUGGAAUGGCCACGUUGUAAUGGCCACCAUAUACCAGUAUACCGGUUUGUGGUCUCAAAUCUUCUAUUUUCUGCUAACGAAAGUAGACAUCUUAUUACAGUAUUAUGUCUUGAAGAAGUUCCACAGCAGUGAGCACACUUCAGACUUGAUAUAAUCCAUAAGAAAUAAUUAAUUUGAUUGAAGCCCUUUUGGGUUUCACCCUCCAGGUAGCUGCAAAACAUCCCUUGAUAUUUGUGUAUUUUGUGAAUUUCAGAGAUUUUCAGAUUUCGGUAAGAAGUAAAUAAAAAGACCCCUGCACAGAAAUAAGUGAAAAAUUUUGCAUAUAGUAAAAUGUCAGGCCACGUAAAGUGGCAUCUGUUUUGCAUAUCUCUGCAAUUUCUCUAUUGUCUUUUUCUUUAGAUCAUAAACAAACCUAGUCCCUGCUACUUGGCUAAAGGCCACAAGUUUUAAAGUCCUCGUUUUUUUUUGACGCAGGUGGCGGUGUUUGCGCUACUUGCAUCAUCGCCACCAUGUCUACCAAAAUAAUUUCUUCAAAGUAGAUGACAUGCAACUAAAGGCUUAAGAUACAGGAAUGAGCGUUUUUCAUGUAAGGGGAUAUGAUCUGAGAAAAAAGGUUGUUUAUAUCGUGUCAUCAUUUACAUGUAAGUCCGUUUGAUAUGUUGUAUUCCUGUGGGUGCUUAAGUUUUGAUAAAUAAAAUUCUUAUAUUUUAUGAUGCAUAAUAAUAUAUUAUUUUUAUCAAAAGAACAAAACAUAAACGUCUUACAACUUUGUUUUACAUUAUUUAACGACAUAAUUUUUUUAACAUCUAUUUCUUAACGUAAAUGAAUAUCUAUACAUUUAAAUCACUAAUUAUCACAUUAAGAAUUAUUUGUAACCGCAUUGGCAAAUGUGUCCUAUCGUCUCUAAGAUUGGAUUAUUAUAGAAAAGAGGAAAGUCUUUGGAAUCUUUAGUCCAACGCCCUGACCCUUUAAUAAUAUUAAUAUCAACCCCUUUACGAUAUGCUGCUAAAGUUCAGGCAUGUCUCAUACUAUGUGCGGUGAAUUUUUUAGUAUCAAUCCCACUAUUAUCCAUUACUGUUUUAAUUCAACGGUUCAAGAUUUGAGACGAAGCCGAUUUAUAGGGUUUUUGAAGUUAUAAAGGGUAUUGAAAUAUUCCCCCGAACAGAUGGGGUUAUUUCUAAAUAAUUAAUGUUUUAACAGAAUACUAAUGCUUCUUUUGGGAGAAGUAUGUUUUUUUUUAGAAAACAUGGUUGUUUAUUUAUACUAUUAGUUGUGCUAAUCUUGUCUGGUGCCUUUAUAUUUCAUUUUUGCUCUGAAUAAUUUUUAUAUUAUGGAUAUGAAUAAGGGACAUAAUUUGCAUUCUACGACCUGUACUUAAAGCCAAUAAUGUUACUCAUUUGCAGGAAAUGUCUUUAAGUGACAAAUUUUCGUAACGGUAAAAUGACUCCAGAUAGAUUAUAUUUUCAAAGAUCAAGAUCGUCCAAAUAUGGAUGUCCCUGCAGAAUUGCCACUAUAACUGUAAGUCAAAAUUUUCGUAUUGUUUAUCGGUUGAUUUGGUGAUCGAAGUUAAAAUAUUUCUUAUGGCAUCAGGGGCACUCCUCUGCGGCGGUAGGCUUCUUGCAGUGGUGUUGUCUAUACAUAGAACAAUAUUACAAAACAAGAAGAGAGAUCUUUGAAAAAACAUUUUGACCCCCCCUUUUCCGAUCUUUCUUCAGAACCCCCCUUCGUUUUCCCCGAGGAAAGACUCGGGGUCAAGACCCCGAGUCUUUCCUCGGGGUUCAAAAACCUCUUGAAUUCUGUUCUGGAAGUAAAUUAUGUAGCUUCUAUAUUUCUUUCAUACUCUUCUAGUGAGUUUGCUAGAAGAAAAAAGAUCAAGAUAAUUUGCUGACAAAAACCCUCGCUUUCUAAGAUGAGUCACUAUCGAGUAGGUAGUGAGAUUUUUGGGUUUUAACAUUUAGGUUAAAUAGGAGAUAGGCUUUUUUCUCUCUUUGAAUACACGUUAACGCAAAAUUUCGACACUGUUUGUACUCAUUCUAGUCAGUCUGUAAACGACUUUGUUUAAAUUUUUGCUCUGCAAUAUUCUCUGCUUCAUAAUCAGUUUUGAAUUUUCCGUUAGCCAUGGUGCCUUACACUUAGAUACUUUUAUGAUUUUAAUGGGGGCAUGUUGAUUAAAAGUGGUAAAACUAUAUUGGAUUAAAAAGCUACCUUUCUAUCAAUAUCAUUUUCCCUUAAAAACUUAUCCCAGUCAUCUUUUUCCAAGUCUUUUAUAAAUUGUGAUAUUUCAAAAUGUUUAAAAUCUCUAAUUUUUAUUAUAUUGGGUUUCACGUUCGGUUUGAGGAUGUUUAAAACAAAGCAUGUUAGAUGAUGAUCUGAAAUAUGGUUAGUAGCUAGAGUAGCGCAGGAAGUAACUAGAUCCGGACAGCUUAGAAAUAUAGGAUCAUAAGUUUGCUAGUAUUUUGUGUUAUUCUAGUUAGCUCAGUUAAAAUUUGAUCCAGGUUACAUGACUGAAGACAGCAAGUAAUGUGGUUUCUGAGAUUUAAAAAGUCUGAAUUAAAAUCACCUAGACAUAUGACUUCAUCAAAACAUGGGCAAAUAUAGGAGAACACAUUAUCGCAAUCUACUAUAAAACCAUUCACAUUUCUAUCUCGAGGCCUAUAAAUUGCACCAACUGCCAAAUUUUGCGAUCCUAUACUAGCUUUUGAGAACAGAUGUUCUAGUUCUCCAUCUAAUUCAAAAAAAAAGAAAUAGUUGCACAUUGAAAAUUACUCUUAACAUAAGCAGCUAUACCACCUCCCCUUCCAACUCUAUCAUGAAGAAUAAAAUUAUAACCUUUAACUAUGAGCGCUUCAGAAUUAUCACCUUUAGACAGCCAAGUUUCAGUAAGAAACAUAAUAUCAAAAUUAUUUGUUUGAUAUAAAUUUCGAAAGUCAUUAAAAUUAGUAAACACAGAUCUAAUAUUUAAGUGCCCAAUUUUCAUGUUAUAUUAUGUAUGUACCUAAUGUAAUUGCUAUACAUUUUUAACAAAACAAAAAAAGCGUAAUCCUACUACCUACAAAAAAACUCAAUAAAAAUACCCAAUAAUAUUCAGUUAAUUAUUAAGUAUUAUUGGUUUAUAUAAUUACUAAUUUAUAUUGGUUAAUUAGCUACAGUUCCUAAAGAAACAAUAAGGACUAACAUAAUUAGUAGCGAAUUUAAGUACCUUGUUCAGUUUAGUUUUUAUUUUUUACAAGAUUUUUUAUAUAGAUCCUGUUGGGUGGAGAUUCUAUGAACUAUAUCCUUACACCUUACAUACAUAUUACCAUGCAGGACCCAAACACUUUUGUACGAAAACACUAACCGUACUGUCGAAUAGUCGAAGUCGAUCUUUUAUGAGGUCUUCUUUUAUUUGAAUACCGGUCGAUUUCAGGACUUUUCGUCUUUUUAAAACUGAUACGCGGGCCUCGUCGGAUGCGAACUGCACUAGUACUGCCGCUGGUUUAUGGCUUUGGGAUUUCGCAGCGAUUCUGUAGCAUUUUUUUAUGGAGGUAUUUAAGAUAUUUGCGUUCAUCUUGUUAUUAAACAGAAGAAUAAUUUUAUCUCGUAUGUUUUCAUUUUCGCCAGAUUUCAUGCCAAAAUUAUGAACAUUUUCAUUACGCAGUGACUGUUCUUGGUCAUCCAGUCGCCGGCCCAGCAAUGCAUUUUCCUUCUGCAGCUCAGAGAUUUCCACCUUAACGUUAUUGAUUUCCUUUGCCUGAAGGCGCAAUUGAUUUUCAAACUUUUCUCCAACCAUUAUUGCAACCUUCGCAGCUACACCCUCAAUAAACUUGUCGUUAAAUACACUUACAAUAACAGAUUUUAUUUCUCUGACGUCAGCACUUGUCAAAACCAUUAUGGCGGCAGAUGUUGGCAAAUCACUAGAUAAAACUAGCAAAAACUCUACAAAAAAUAACUAGCCACAAAAUAAUUACUGAUGUUUUCUGUAGAAAAGGAGUUCCUGCUUCCUUCAAAGUACAAUAACGAUAAUAAAACUCACUUUAAACUAGAUUUUUUAGAGAAAUUUAAAGAGAGAAUUAGACUACGUUUUGCUAGUAAUACGCCAUCUACACUAUCCUAUAGGUAUUAGGAAAUAUCCUCUUUUAGGUCAAUGGUGGAAAUAUAACAAUUUUUUGAUAUUAAAUUUAUUGCCACCUUUCUAUCCUCUAGCUUAAAAUGCUCGGUUUUAACAAUUUUAUUUAGAUUUUUUAAGUUUAGAAUAAAUCUAUGGUUUAGGGUAUAGGAAAAUAUUUGAGCAAAUUUACCUACCAUUGUUUUUUCCGGUUCUCCUUCUGUCUCUGCUUUUUCCUUGGGUCUGACCAAAGCUUCCUCCUCUGCUGUCUGUCUCUUGCUUGAGUAUUUAAGUGCCCAUCCCACCGAGGCUGGAACCUCUGGCCGGAGGUGGUCUGCUUGGAAAAUAUCUUCCAAGGGGGUGGGCUCUUGAAGUUUCAAUUAUUCUUUUCAACAAGAACAUAGCUAUUUUUCUUCAAGGUCUUUGCUUGCUCGAGACGUUCAGAGAGGUUAGCCCUAAUGAGCAGUUCGCUAAUUGCGGCUUCAUGUAAAAUCUUUUUAAAAUUUUUGCUUCAAUCCCCACAUCAAAAUGAAAGUUUUCCUAUGGACAAAUUGACGUCAUGUGAUGAGUCGCUCAACUACUCAAGCAGUUCAGACUUUUUUUGAUGGCAGAGAAGGGAUCCAUUUAAUAUCCUUGACAGAGCCUUAUCAAUUCCCACAAUGGCUGCGCUCAGCUGCAAUUGAUUCUUCAAAAUCUUGCCAUCCCUCUGUGUGGCAGAAUCGUUAAUAUUUAAUUUAACUUCAGGCUUCAGUUCUGUCGUCUUUAAUGGACGGCAUUUAGCAGGCACUGGAUAUUUUUUCGCCAAUGUUUUUACUUGCUUGUCAGGCAGUCCCUUACGAAGAAUAUUUCCCCAUUGGUCUCCUACUAUCGGGAAAAAAUUCGUCGGUAUUUGCCAGGAGGAAAGUCGAUCCUCACCCAAAAUUUUUGAGUCCAACGGAUCCAAGUAAAUUCCGCGGAUUGGCUCAGUUUGACUUGUGGGUUAUGGUUGUUUGACGGUAUUUCGUCGAAAGACGGGUUUAAACGGGGAACUGGGCUACAAAUGAUAUUUUAGGGCUAUGAUGCUCUGUUCCUGUACCUGUACCUGAGCUGUCGUGCUUUUUUUACGUUGUAAAGCUGCAGUGCGUAAAACGGCCUCUACAAACUAUGGCGAAUAAAACCUCUUAGGCCAUAAGAAUUUUCAGACUAUUGUGUCAGGAAAACACGUUUUUUAGCUAAUGUGCUCAAAAUAAUUAUAAUAACACUUUCGUGCCUGCCAUCUUGAUCAGGUGUCGCCGGCACUUUCUUGUUGGAAAGCAUCGCUUCAAGAAACGAGAGAUCGUCAUCGUCGUCGCCCUCGAACUAUCCUUGAUCGACAGCCGUCUGUGGUAGUCGUGUAUAACACUGCGCUGAUUGGCACUUUCGCGUUGACACUUUUCUGUGUGUCAUAAGUGUCAAAACACCGUGCCUGAAUAUUAUGAUACAACAGACAACACCGACACCCUAUAGUAGCUGUUUUAGAGCAGAGAUGGAAACACGCGUCGCCUUAAAACAUGUCAGAUGGUUAAGCGCUCAGAGUUGCGUCGAAACGCCGGUUUCGGUGACAAUAUGGUGAGCAGCAAAGACGUUGCCGUAAUUAGUGAUUUGUUAGAAUGAUUGUGGCCUGUAUACAGUCACAUUUUCACGUUAUUUGGAAAACAUAAAAUAUUUGGUAAGAAAUAGGAACUCAAUAAACAAAAAAACAAGAUACAUCAAAAUAUGCGAAAAUGGCGAGAACUAGUAUUAAUAGUUGUUGUUCAAAUUGUAACUUAAAAAUAUCACCUGAAAUGUUUUCUUAGUUAGUAGCCUUUCCCGUUUUUCAGUCACUAUCUGACCUGCUUUUGAAAAUACCCUUUCGCUGAUGACAGAUGUAGCCGUAAUACAAAGUCUUCAUGAUUUGGAAUAAUUUUGGAUAAAUGUGUUUUUUAUGAUGCCACCAGAUCAAAGGAUCUUGAAAUUCACCCGAGCUAUCCUUUAGGGGUAAAAUGGGUUCAUCUAAGUACUUAUCUACUUCAAUAAUAGCAGAUGCUUUUGGGUUACUAGGUUUUAGAUGUUGUUGUAUUUCCAUAUCAAAAUCCUACCACAAACCUUCAAGAACGUUUUUCUUGCCAGAUGCAAAAUGUGUUCCUUGUUUACUUAUAUUUUCAUUAAUAUUAUUGGUAUCACUUGCAUUUUCUGAAAUUUCAUAUAAACUGGUAUUAGCUACCUUAGCAUAUAAAACAUCUACUGCUUGUCUAUACUUAAUCUCAUUUAUAAACCCAAAUUUCUUAAAUCGGGGAUCCAGAAUGGUGGGUUGAGCUAUUAAAUGAUUGAAACCGAUUUUUUAGUUCUUGCUAAAGUUUGUUAAUUGUGUUUUCAAUCGCAGUCAAGCUGGCUUUUAUUUUAAUGCUAUUUAAAUGUCUUACUAUCUGCUUGUAAUAAAAUAUUGUAGUAGAUGCACUAAUAUUUCUUUCUGCACCUAUAGCGAUUGUAACUAAAUUAAAUAUUUCAAAUAUUGCUACGGCUUGUUCUGCUAAAAUCAAUUCAUGAUUUUCCAAUUGUGUAAUGGUUUCAAAUUCAUUAUUUUGAGUUCGAUGAGAAGAAGUACAAUAUUUAAAAUAGCUAGUGUAGAUAUAAUUGCAUUUUUCAUCUUUAAAAAUCUAUCCAUCAUAUCAUAUGUGCUAAUCCAGCGCGUCACGACAUUGUUUUUUAAUUUUAGCGCAGGUAUGUCCAUACACUCUGCUGAAGCUUUGAGUUGAGCACAUGCAUGGCAAGUUCGUCUAAAAUAAGUAACGAUUACUUUUAUUUUAUACACAACCUCUUUAAUUUUAAUUAAACCUGAUUGAGCAACCAAGUUCAAGGAAUGAGCAAAACACCUCAGUGCCUCCAGCCACCAAGGCGUACAGCUGCUUUCAUAUUCGCUGCAUUGUCUGAAACAAUAGCUGCUAUUUUAUUGGUUAUUUUCCAUUGAUCUAUUAUUUCUUGAAGAAACGUUUUAAUAUUUUCAGCAGUGUGUCUUUCUGUAUAGGGUCCUGUAUAGGGCAUCCUAAUAAAUCAGAAAGGUUUUCUUCUCUUCUUCUACAAUGUAAUGUGCAGUGACACUAAAAAUACUGUCGUUUGAUCGGGAUGUCCAUCCGUCAGUUGUGAUGCAGAUAACAAAUGCUCUAUCCACUCGCGCCUUUACCUUGUCAACGGUUUCAUUGUAAAAUCCAGGGAUUAAGGAAUAUGAAACAGUUUUUCGCGUAGGAACCUUGUAACCAGGAUUUAAUAAGUAUAGCAGACGUUUAAAUUCUGUGUCUUCAACGAUGCUAAAGGGAUGGUACUUGUACUUUGUUAUCAUACUAAUUAACUGCUUAUCAAUUUCUUUUUGUUUACAUACUGACAUGCGCAUGUAUAAAACAAUUCGAUUACUGUAUCAUGACACAAUUGUGCUGACACACUGUGUUGAUAAGGGCAGCUGUAUCGGUGUUAUUGUAUUAACACCUGAAAAUCUCGAGUGUUACACAUGACUAGUCUGUGGGGCGAAAGAAGUCCAAAGAAGUCAUUCCUGUUUCCUGCGUCGACAAAAAACGAGGAUUUUAAAACUUAUAGUCUUUAGUCAGGCAGCAGGGACUACGUUUGUUUAUGAUCUGAGGAAAAACCUAGGAAUAUAAUAAAGCUAACUUUACCUCCUGGUUCUUUUGCAGGUAUAACAUUUCCUUUAUAAUUUUUAUGUUCUUGCCCAGACAGUCUCGAUUUCUUAAUAAUUUCUGACAUAUAAAUUCCUUCCUUUUUUCCCUUUCUUUUUCCAACUUUUUCUUGAUUGAGACCAUUUAUUGACGUGCCAUUUAUUGCAACAAUCUUGAAAGUUUUAUUUACAAAUAAUAAUUCCGCGUAGAAACAACAUCGACAUUUUAACAUUUAAGUUACAUAAAAGACAACAUUUUAACAUCGAUGUGAUAUUAAAAUGCUAUAGGUAUUUAUAUAAGAAGCUGCAGUUUAUUACAGUAGGACUAAUGUUGUUUAUGCUUGGAUUAACGUUUAAGAAACGGCUUUGUAAAUAAAUUUGAAUAUUGUCAAAAAUGGACUCAUGUUGGUUCUGAAAUGACUUGAUUCAUUUGUCACUCUUAUGCAAAAAUUAUUGUGUGUGUCCUUUAAAAGAAUUAGGAAAUUAAGUCCUAAUGGUGUGCCUUAAGAAGUCUAUUUUCACGAACAAGAGUAUUAAGAGUUAAGUAAUAUGAAAAUGUUUAUAACUGAUUGUAAUCAAUGUUGCCAAGAUAGAGAAUUAACUAAUUGUCAACAUUGAAAUGAGCUUUUCUACGACCACAUUUGAGUAUUUUUGAAAACUCUUUAGUUAUUUAGAAAUUAGAAAAUGUUACAUUUUACUCAUGAACAAUCAACUUAGACGCACACCGUUAAAAAUACUCCUUAGUUGUCCAGAAAAUAACGGAUUAUGUAAACUUAUACGUAAACUUGCAUAACUUUAGGUGCUCUUGGCAAUAAACUAUGUGUUCCACCUGAUAAUGUGACAUAAGACGUUUUUGGAAAAUGGUAAAACUAUUUGAUUAUAUUUGGCAAUCUCAAAUAGAGCUAAAGAUUUAAUUUUUUUAAAUAAUUUUAGUAAUGUGCUGUUGCCGCAUUUAUGCUAAACUGAUUUUUUGAAACCGUCGAAUGUGUCAUCCACCGUGGAACACCCUGUAUAUUGUAACAGCUGUAUACAAUUUUAAUAUUGUUUUUAUUUAUUUUUAUUCCUCUCAAAUUUUACGUAUUUUUACUAACAAAGGUCAUAUUGACACUUUAUUUACAGAAAAUUAAAUAAAUUUAUUGGCAUAUAAGUAGUUGUAUAUUCCCGGAACAAUUCACUGUGGUCGUAGGAGAGAUAGUGUAAAUAACUCGUGCGAAAGCGAAUUUUUCACACUGCUGUGAAAUUUCACUUUCUCUAAACUUUAUAUUUAUUAUGCUGUUACCUGUAAUGGCUAAUGGCUAUUGUAUACGCAUAAACGUUGAUCUACACAAAGUUUCUUGAAUAUAUAGAUGUUUUAACAUU